AUGAUUGAGGAAAGGAGAAUGAAUUUUGAAAAUUUUCGUCGCACUGGCGAAUUAUCUGACAUAACAGUGUUGGUUGAUGAUGGUGAAUUUAAACUUCAUACAUUUCCAUUAUUUACAAAAAGUAAUUAUUUUAAGAAGGCAGUCGAACUAUUAUCUGAACAACAGCAGCCAGAUUCACAUCAUCAUCUGACAGUUAAACUUGAUAAAUUUCCUGGUGGUAAAAAUGUAUUUAGUCAAAUGGCAGACUUCUUCUAUAACAUUCCAAUAACAAUUGAUCACUCAAAUAUCGUUGUUUUACGAUCAGCUGCGUAUUUUGUUGAUUGUUCCACAUUAGCAACAAUGUUAGAUAAUCGUAUCAACGAUAUAUUACUUGUUGCUCGAUCAAAACAUGACUUGAGUAUCCCACUGGUAUUAUUAGAACAAAGUAUCGAAUUUGCUCAGUUGGCGAAAAAAUCACAAACUGUUGGUAAAUGUUUACAAUCAAUAAUCGAUAUACUAUUGAGAAUAGCUGGAAUGAAUGAUAGUGGUGGUACUAGAAAAUUAGAAUAUCAUAGUUUAUUGAAACUCGAUCAUCUGUUAACGAAAUCAGAUCAAGAAAUAAUUGCACAAUUACCAUUAGAUUGGCUUGAAGAUUUCAUUAAACUAAGCAUCGAUUCCAAAUUAUCUAUGGCAGGUAUUGUGGUUAUAAUUAAGCCUUAUUUAACAUCGGCGAUUAUGAUUGAGAACGAGAUCAAUAAUCACUUGAAUAAUUCACACACGACAAGUAGCUCAUCGAAAUCAUAUCUUGACGAUUCACUCAAAACACAAAACAUUAACACCAUCACGAAUGGAGAUCCACCAAUUCAAUAUGAAAAUAAGAUAACUAUUGUGUACACUGAUGAUGAUAAACGGAAAAUUCUGAAUCAUAUCAUCAAAUUGUUGGAUCAGACAAUAUUCUACGAAUAUGUUCCAUUAUCCUGGCUAAUGGCGUGUCAUCAACAAGCAAAAGAAUUGAAUUGUGAAUGUGAAGAAACACUAUCAAAAUGGAUUACAUGUACUCUUUUAUGUUCAGCGGAUGAAGAUAUUAAUAAUAUACCCGAAGAAACAAUGGCUCAUUUACUUGAAGAAGUUGGUAAACAUAGAGAUCAAGUCAAAGAUCCAAUUAUGUUACAAAAACUUUCGAGAUUGGUCGAUUCUUAUGCAGAAAAUUUACGUGGUAAAGGAAUUUUGACAAGUGAAAAUUUUGUUAAAUUAGCAUCAUAUGUUCCAAAAGAGCAACGUAAUUCAUACGAUAGUUUGCUACUAGCACUCGAUAAUAUAUUGAAAAAUGAUAAAAUCAAUUUGAAUAGCUCAGAACGUGAGAGUUUAUUAUCGCAAAUUGAUUUUUCAAAAAUAACAGAAGAAACCAUAAAUCAUUGUAAAAAUAAUGAAUUAAUACCACAAAAAUUGAUAACCGAUGCUGCACUGUCACUCUGUUCAAAAUUACGAAAAGAAUUGAAUGAAGCAAAAGAUCGACUACGUCUCAUUGAAAAUGAUGUAAUGAAAACGGGAAGAACAACAAUAACAUCAUCAUCAUCAUCAAUACCUUACGUAUCGCCGAACGUUAAUCAUCGAUCGCGCAUAUACGAAUUAGCACGUUUACCAUCGACAAAAUCUCGAACAAGAUCAACAUAUCCACUUAAUUAUAGCCUGUCGUCAGGUAAUUAUUCAAAAUAUGAACCAGAUGCUGAUUAUUUAGUCUACAGUAAUGAUAUACCGCGAUAUUCAGUUUAUAAUAGACAUUCAACAACCUAUAGAUAUUGA